AUGACUUCAAAAUUUCAAGUUACUAGUGCAUUCCUUAUUGCCAAUUUGUUCAUAUGGACACUAGUUUCUAGCCAACCUACGGUGACUCCCCCACCACCUCCACCUCCCAUUCCCAUUUUGAGUUGUGUCUUUAACAUUUUAUCAUUGUUGUGUGCACUCCAAUACUCUUUCCAUUAAAAACUCUUAGGGUUGCACCAAAUAAUGGCCCUUGUUGUAAUUUAAUUAGGUCAACUUCGAAUACUGAUGCUGUCUCAUGCCUUUGCCUUGGGAUUCGAAUAAACCUAUUUGGUUUUAAUAUCACUGUUCCAAGAGACAUCAAGCUCUUACUCAAUGUAUGUAAUGUGACGGUGCCUAUUGUGAUUGGUUGUCCAUAG